GUCCAUUAUUGAUUUACACACUGGUAUCACUACCAAUACUCCCCACCGGAAGUGACACUGUGUCGUCUUCAAGUUCCAGCUGAAAAGCCAUUUCUCGUCCAUUCUGUUGGAGUCUUGCUCGGAUAUUACACGCUGUUUGUAAUCCGUGACUAACCAAAAAUGGGAAAGGAAAAGAUUCACAUUAACAUUGUCGUCAUUGGACACGUCGAUUCCGGCAAGUCCACGACCACCGGUCACUUGAUCUACAAAUGCGGUGGUAUCGACAAACGUACCAUUGAGAAGUUCGAGAAGGAAGCCCAGGAAAUGGGCAAAGGUUCCUUCAAAUACGCGUGGGUAUUGGACAAACUGAAAGCCGAGCGUGAGCGUGGUAUUACUAUUGACAUCGCUUUAUGGAAGUUUGAAACUAGCAAAUACUAUGUCACUAUCAUCGACGCCCCUGGACACAGAGAUUUCAUCAAGAACAUGAUCACUGGAACCUCGCAAGCUGAUUGCGCUGUACUCAUCGUCGCCGCUGGUACCGGUGAGUUCGAAGCUGGUAUUUCCAAGAAUGGACAGACCCGUGAGCAUGCUCUGCUCGCCUUCACCCUAGGUGUCAAACAGCUUAUCGUGGGUGUCAACAAAAUGGAUUCCACUGAGCCACCAUACAGUGAAUCACGUUUCGAGGAAAUCAAGAAGGAAGUCUCUUCUUACAUCAAGAAAAUCGGUUACAAUCCAGCUGCUGUCGCUUUCGUCCCUAUUUCUGGUUGGCACGGAGACAACAUGUUGGAGCCAUCCACCAAAAUGCCCUGGUUCAAGGGAUGGCAAGUUGAGCGCAAGGAAGGCAAAGCUGAGGGUAAGUGCCUCAUUGAGGCUCUUGAUGCCAUCCUGCCACCAGCCCGCCCCACAGACAAGCCCCUGCGUCUUCCCCUGCAAGAUGUCUACAAAAUCGGCGGUAUUGGUACGGUGCCCGUAGGCCGUGUCGAGACUGGUAUUCUCAAGCCUGGAACCAUUGUUGUAUUUGCCCCUGCCAAUAUCACCACUGAAGUUAAGUCUGUAGAGAUGCACCACGAAGCUCUCCAAGAAGCCGUACCUGGUGACAAUGUUGGUUUCAACGUCAAGAACGUUUCUGUCAAGGAGCUGCGUCGUGGUUACGUCGCUGGCGACUCCAAAAACAACCCACCCAAGGGUGCCGCAGAUUUCACAGCUCAGGUUAUUGUGCUUAACCACCCUGGACAGAUCUCCAAUGGUUACACACCAGUACUGGAUUGCCAUACAGCCCACAUUGCCUGUAAAUUCGCUGAAAUCAAAGAGAAAGUUGACCGUCGUACUGGUAAAUCCACUGAAGAUAAUCCCAAAUCUAUCAAAUCUGGUGAUGCUGCUAUUGUUAACCUAGUUCCUUCUAAGCCUCUGUGCGUAGAGUCCUUCCAAGAAUUCCCUCCUCUAGGUCGUUUUGCUGUGCGUGACAUGAGGCAAACAGUAGCUGUUGGUGUCAUCAAGGCAGUCAACUUCAAGGAAGCUGGUGGUGGCAAAGUCACUAAGGCUGCUGAAAAGGCCACUAAGGGCAAGAAGUAGCUAGCACUGUCAACAGCACAAUUUUUCAUCCGACUGCGAUACUUCAUACACCGUAAGGUGUUCAGAAGGAAAGAAGGGCUACAAACUCAUUCCUUUUCUAUAUUUUUUACAAGGCUUAUACUGUAACAUUAUUUUAUAAUUUAUAUAAGGUUAUACAUAUAUCUGAAAUAUUUUGUUAUGACUGCAACUAAAGUGUAAAUUCAUAGAAUAAAAGUAGCCUCC